AUGUUUUUUUUUAGUUUGUUUCCAUUUAUUUCUUUCAAAAAUGUUAAAAGAAAUACCGAAUCAUUUUUUUUUCUUUCUUCAUUCCAGAUUUCUUUAUUUGUUAUCUGUUCAUUUUUUUCUUUAUUCUUCACCAUUUUCUUUUUUUUAAUCAUUUUUUCCUUUUUCUUGUCCCCUUUCUUCCUUUCUUUCUUUCUUUUUUGUCCCCUUUCUUUCUUUCUUUUUGUCCCCCUUUCUUUCUUUCUUUCUUUCUUUCUUUCUUUUUUUGUCCCCAUUCUUUCUUUCUUUCUUUUUUGUCCCCUUUCUUUCUUUCUUUUUUGUCCCCAUUCUUUCUUUCUUUUUUUUGUCCCCAUUCUUUCUUUCUUUCUUUUUUGUCCCCAUUCUUUCUUUCUUUCUUUUUUGUCCCCAUUCUUUCUUUCUUUCUUUUUUGUCCCCAUUCUUUCUUUCUUUCUUUUUUUUGUCCCCAUUUUUUGUCCCCAUUCUUUCAUUUCUUUCUUUUUCUUUCUUUUUCUUUCCCCAUUCUUUCUUUCAUUCUUUUCCCCAUUCUUUCUUUCAUUCUUUUCCCCAUUCUUUCUUUCUUUCAUUCUUUUCCCCAUUCUUUCUUUCUUUCAUUCUUUUCCCCAUUCUUUCUUUCUUUCAUUCUUUUCCCCAUUCUUUCUUUCAUUCUUUUCCCCAUUCUUUUUUCUUUCAUUCUUUUCCCAUUCUCUUCUUUCUUUCAUUCUUUUCCCCAUUCUUUCUUUCUUUCUUUCAUUCUUUUCCCCAUUCUCUCUUUCUUUCUUUCAUUCUUUUCCCCAUUCUCUCUUUCUUUCAUUCUUUUCAUUCUUUUUCCCAUUCUUUUUCCCCAUUCUCUCUUUUUAUUCUUUCAUUCUUUUCCCCAUUCUCUCUUUCUUUCUUUCAUUCUUUUCCCCAUUCUCUCUUUCUUUCUUUCAUUCUUUUCCCCAUUCUCUCUUUCUUUCUUUCAUUCUUUUCCCCAUUCUCUUUCUUUUCUUUUUCCCCAUUCUCUCUUUCUUUCAUUUUCAUUCUUUCCCCAUUCUCCCUUUUCUCUUUCUUUCUUUCAUUCUUUUCCCCAUUCUCUCUUUUAUUCUUUUUCUUUUCAUUCUUCUUUCCCCAUUCUCUUUCAUUUUCUUUCUUUCAUUCUUUCCCCCAUUCUCUUUCUUUCUUUCAUUCUUUCCCCCAUUCUCUUUCUUUCUUUCAUUCUUUCCCCCAUUCUUUCUAUCUUUUCUAUUUUCUUGCUUUUCUUUCUAUUUUCGUUCUUUUUCAAUUUCUUUCUUUUCUUUCUAUUUUCGUUUUUUUUCAAUUUCUUUCUUUUCUUUCUAUUUUCGUUCUUUUUCAAUUUCUUUCUUUUUUCAAAUUCUUUUUCUUUUCUUUUUUUCUUUCUUUUUCUUUCUUUCUUUUCUUUUCUUUCUUUUCUUUUUUUCUAUUUUCUUUCUUUUCUUUCUUUUUUUUCGUUUUUUUUCUCUUUUCUUUCUAUUUUCUUUCUUUUUUUUCUUUCUUUUUCUUUCUUUCUUUUCUUUCUUUCUUUCUUGUCUCUUCUCUUUCUUUCUUUCUUUCUUGUCUCUUCUCUUUCUUUCUUUCUUUCUUGUCUCUUCUCUUUCUUUCUUUCUUGUCUCUUCUCUUUCUUUCUUUUGUCUUUUUUUUUUUCUUUUUUCCUUGUGUUUCUUUCUCUUUUCUUAUUUCUCUUUUUGA